UUAUCCUAAGUAAGAGGUUUAUGCACCAAUAAGGAGAGUUUAAAGUUCGUUCACCUGCCUUCCUACACAACAUAAAUGUGUGUAUGUAUAUAUAUACAUAGUUGAGAGACAUCUCUGUCAAAAAGAAAGAUUGAUCGGAGAAGAGACCAAAAACGAGGAGACAUUCAUUCAAACUUGCACGCCAACGCCGGAAAUUUCGCCAACUCGUAUACGUAUACACGUAUAUAUCUGCAGGCCUUCAACAUAAACCAUAAAUCAAACGACAUGGACUCUGGCGUUUUCUUAAAAAUGUCGGUGCAAUGCGUAUCUCCGAAGAUUCCGGUGGGGCCGUCGAUGAUACGUGCGAUCGGAGGCUCUGUCGAGGAGAGACCAACGACCGGAUCUAUGCGGCCGAAGAAAACGACGCCGCGUCGUCCCCUUGAGUUUCUUCGGAUCGGUGGUGGGAAGGGAAGGAAGGAAACGGUGGGAGACGACGCCGUUUUGUUGGAGAGAGAGGAGGAGCGAAACGGAAACUGGGUUUUGAAGAUUCUGGAGGUUGGGUCUAUCUGGAAAGGGAAGCGGCAGCGAUCUGGAGGCGGUGAUGGAGAAGAUGAGGAGGAAGGCUCGAAGAAGGACGAGUCAUGCGAUCUCUGCAGGAUCGAUGAGGAAGAGGAGGAGGAGAUGGUGUUUGAUCGAGAAAACUUCUCGAAGAUGCUCAUGAAAAUUCCUUUGGAUGAUGCACAGAUGUUCGCGAAGCUAUCCUAUCUGGGAAACUUGGCUUAUUCAAUCCCCAACAUCAAGCCUGAGAAUCUGUUGAAAUAUCAGAAACUGAGAUUCGUGACUUCCUCGAUCGAGAAGAGAUCGAGUCUUGACCAACAAGAUGGGAAUAACAAUGAGGAGGAGGAGGAGGGGGAGGAGAAGAAGCUUAUCAAUCCAGCUGCUGCUUACAGGAUAGCUGCUUCUGCGGCUUCUCGUCUCUUCUCCCAUUCGAAAUCUGUGCUUCCUUUUGGACUUCGAGAGAACGAAGCUUCUCUGAUGGCCACCGCUGAUUCCGUUACAGCCGUCGUGGCAGCCGAAGAGGAGGUUAAGCAGGCGGUGGCCGAUGAUCUCAAGUCCAACCAUUCACCGCCUUGCGAGUGGUUCGUAUGCGACGAUGACAAAACUGGCACCAGGUUCUUCUUUAUUCAGGGAUCAGAUUCCUUGGCAUCAUGGCAAGCUAACCUUCUCUUCGAGCCAGUCCCAUUCGAGGACUUUGACGUGCCUGUCCACAGAGGCAUAUACGAAGCUGCGAAAGGAAUCUACAACCAGAUGUUACCCGAAGUUCACGCCCACCUCAACUCCCGUGGCAAGAACCGUGCUUUUCUUCGGUUCAGCGGACACUCUCUAGGAGGAAGCUUGUCGCUGUUGGUGAACCUGAUGCUUCUGAUCCGAGGUCAAGUCCCGGCUUCUUCUCUGCUUCCGGUGAUCACAUUUGGUUCACCUUGCAUCAUGUGCGGAGGCGACAUGCUUCUUGAGAAACUCGGGUUGCCUAAGAGUCAUCUUCUUGGAAUCUCUAUGCAUAGAGAUAUUGUUCCUCGAGCAUUCUCUUGCAGUUACCCUAACCGAGCCGCAAAGCUUCUCAAGGCGUUGAAUAGAAACUUCCGGAACCAUCCUUGUCUGAAUAACCAGAAUCUAUUGUAUUCUCCAAUGGGAAAGCUUCUAAUCUUACAACCAUCAGAAAGAUUCUCUCCCCCACACCCUCUCCUUCCACCAGGAAGUGGUCUCUAUGCCUUAACAUCUAAGAACACCGAUGAAACAGAUAAAGGACUAAGGGCAGCAAAGACAGCGUUCUUUAACUCACCGCACCCUCUAGAGAUUCUUAGCGACCGUCGCUCUUACGGGUCUGAAGGAAAAAUCAAAAGAAACCAUGACAUGAGCUCUUACCUCAAAGCUUUGAGGCACGUGAUCCGCAAGGAGCUGAAGCAGAUAAAGGCAGAGCGGGAUCAAUGGCGGGCCAAGUUCUUAAUCGUAAACAUUAUAUGUACUGGGAGAGAUUCCUUGAAACUCAUAGCUAGAUUCGUCGCAUCAAGGAGUAGUCAACUAGUGAUCAUCUUCUUUCUCCCAAUUAGAUUGUUAACUAUGAGUGUCUAUGGUUUAGUACUCCACCAUUCACACGAACACUUUUUUAGUUUCUUUAAGUAAAACUUAGGCAUGUUAUUCUCUAA